AUGAUUGACCAACCUGGACUUGUUUGUAUACUACGAAAAGAUGCUUAUCAUUAUUCAUUACCUUUUACCAGUACAAAUGAAAAUCUGACAAUAAGAUCUCGUGCAUCUUCUCUUACAAGUGUUACAAGUAUGACAACAAAAAAUAGUCGAAAACAGUCAUCAGUUAAAUCAUAUUGUGACAUUCAGGGUAAAGGCAUAUUAACAACAUCAAUUACAACAUGUGUUUUUGAAAUAUUACGUGACGCUGUUAUACCAACGUAUUACGUCGCACCUCAUCCUCAACCGGAUAUGUUUAUUGCUCGUAAAUGUACAAUGAUACCGAUAUUAUGGAUAAUACGACGACUGGCGAAUGAAACAUAUGUCAAACGUUAUCCUGGCGUACAAAAUGGACAUCGUUUUACACCACCAUUGGUUGAGAUCUAUUAUAAACGUCAUCCUAUUAUCUAUAAAAAACCUGUUCUAGCCGAUUUAGAUACGUAUAUUGAUACAGAUGGUACUGAGAGUGUUAUUGAUGAUGAAGACGAUGAAGAAGAUGAAUCGUGUGUGAUUAUUUGGUCAUAUGAACAAUUAUUAAAUGCUAAACUCGAUAUUGAAAAUAUGAAAAUAACACAAACAGAAAUUGAGUGUAUGUAUGAAACCGUAUGUGCCGUAUUCGAUAUACUUGAACAUGUUUGGUUAAUUAAAACAAAUUGUCAAUUAAUUGAUUUAAAAAUAGAGUUUGGUAUAACAACAACAAAAGAAAUUGUUGUUGCUAAUGUUAUCGAUGUCGAAACAUGGCAUUUAAUGAGAAAUGAUUUGAUACAAAAACAACAACAGAAUAUCACUUCAAAUACGUUUUCAACACAAUCAAAUAAUAUUGAUAGUAACGAUGAAGAUGAAAUAAAACAUAUUAAACAAAAUAUUAUAUGGAUUAAUGAUUGUCUACGAGAUAUUUUAGAUAUGAAUAAACAACAAUUAAGUAAAGGUAAACGAAAAAGUGUCGUGCAACAGCAAACAGUCAAAGAAGAUGAUGAAACACAAACACAAAUUCCGGAAGCCACAUUUAGGUAA